AUGAAGCCACAGCAUCCCAGUUCGACUUCUGGCCACGGAGGCUACGGCCAGCACGGCGGCGCACCGCACCCGCGUGGCAACGCGCACCAUUUGGAAUACAGGCCCAAGAGCGCGCACCAGCACGACGCGCGUCCCCACGCCCAAAUGACCUCUCCAGGACCCGAUGGCAUGGACGCAAACGCGGCAGUCUUUAAGCUCGGCGGGAGCAGUUACAAUCUCCAACCCACGGCUCCAGCUUUUAAUGGCUCGAUGAACUACGGACCAGCUCUCCCCAUGCACAACCAGCCAGGCAUGUCCCAGCAGAUGCGUGGUCCUCUUGGAAACCACCAGCACCAGCACCAUCAUCAGCAGCAGCAUCAUCAACAUCACCAGCAGCAGCAGUACCCAAACCAGCAUCCACGGAUGCGUGGACUUCCACGAGGUGCAGCAAUGCACCAGUACCCACAGCAGCUCGUGCCUGGAGGCGGUAUGAACGCUGGAGCUCCGGGCUUUUACCCGCCCAAUAUGCUAAUGCCUCCCAUGUAUAUGGAUCUAAGCCAAAGCUACUAUAUGGGGACCACCCAAAUGUAUAACAAUGCUCCAUCGAUGCAGGCCAUGCCAAUGGGCAUGGCAGGAAUGCCUAUGCCGGUGCCAAGUCCGCCGAAGCGCGAGUCCAAGAGGCUCGAUAUUAUUGACCCUUAUACAGGGUUAGCUAUCACUGUCAACAGCAACUCGUCCGUGGGACGAACCAGUAGUAUCAGCUCAGCAACAACAGCGAAAGACAUCCAUGUGGACGCUGGGGAGCAGAAGAAAUCACAGGAGAAGAAAUCGACAUCUGUUGAGGAACUUCCUGUUACCUCACCUGCUCCGAAUGUGUCAACGGCGGAUGCAAAGCAGGAUGGAGCAGCAACCUCUGUGACAAAAUCGCCAGAGGAAUCCUUAGUCAGUAAGAGUGCGAGUAGAGACCCAGAACCAGCAUCGCAUCCUGCCAAGGGGUUGGAGCCGACUCGAGGAACAAACGGUGUAAAAGAGACGGAGUCAGUCGGCAAGGCUGCAGUCGAGAUGUCUGGAUUCAAAACGAGCGAAAGCACGUCUUUCACGACACGGCAAACUACUACAACAAUCACUUCGGCCAGUACAAAGAUGUCGUCACCAAAACGACAGAUGCAGUCCGCCAAGGACCCAGCUGAGGAAACGUUUACCGCUAAGCAGCCCGAGUCAGUGCCUUCGAACGAGAAAGGUUCCAGUCAGGACGUUGGAACACCAACGCUGCAACAGGAGGCUCUACCAGGGAAGGAGAAUGACAAUGUGACUAACGUUAGAGAAAUGACAUCAGCCAGCACAAUUGGACAAGCAACAGCAGUGGGCGUGGGUUCACCAGCAAACUCAGGUGGUAAAUCCACAUACUCGCUGGAGCUUAUGACAAGUUUUCGCGAGCAAUACAAAGACCUACCAGCUACUACGACAGAUUCUGACUGGCCGUCGAUGGAGAUUUUUAGCGAAGCUGCUGUGUCACGUGGCGGUUCCCGCGGUGGACGCGGUGGAGCUGGUUGGGAACGUGGUGAUAAACUAGCUGGCGGAUCUGGACGACUUGGAGCACGUAGCAGCUCGGGUGGCGGUCAAUGGGCCCGAUCACAGGACUUGCCUAAGCGAACUGGUCGGGCUGAGCAUGGUGGCCGUGGCGAACGGGGAGCCACCCCAGACCUACCUCUUUUGGAUGGACCUGUUAAGCCGCUGACACGGUCAGCGAAUCGAUGGAUUCCGACCAAGAACACUUCAACUUUAGAAGUGACAAAGAAGAACGUGAACGGUAUUAUGAACAAGAUGACUCGCGAGAAAUUUGAGCGCCUGGCGGGACAACUGACUAGCAUUAACAUGGAAAGUCUGGAGAUGCUGCAAGCCGUCAUCAAAAUUAUUUUCGACAAGGCGGUUGGCGAGCCGCACUUUUGCGAUAUGUACGCCGACUUGUGCGUGCAUCUUGAGACGAAUUGGAAGGUGUGGUCGUUCUUGAAAAUCGUUCAGAACGACGACGACAAAACAUUUUACUGGACAGCAAUGUCGGAUUCAGACUCGGAAGUUGUUGGACCUUUCGACACGGUCAGCGGUGCGCUAGAGUCGGCAAGCAGCGACGAGUUCGAGCCUGUUCCUGCUCCUUCCAACAUGAAGCUAAGCGAAGUUCGUGUCCGCCACCAUAAAUUUGUGAAGGUGUGGGUGCACGAAGACCCGACUAAGCCUCAGUAUUACUGGUCGGGCCAAGAUUUGGACGAUUUGGGAGAUGACCAGGUGUUGAAUGGUCCUUUCGAAAGCCAUGAGCAGGCGAGUCGCGUCGCCCUGAAGUCAUGUUCAUUCAGACGUAUUUUGCUAAAUGCCUGUCAAGAAGAGUUCGAGAAGGACAACAUAUACGAAGAAUUGGAGCAAAAGUUUAGGCGGGACAAGGAAGAGGGCAAAAUCACGCCACAGAUGGCGACCGAUUACGAGGAAAAGCGAUUGAUAAUGAAGUUGCGCAUGCUUGGUAACAUUCGCUUCAUCGGUGAGCUGUAUCGAAAGGGGAUGUUACAGGAGCGCAUCAUGCACGAAUGUAUCAUGAAGUUGAUGGACGUUCGUUUAAAUAGUGAUGGCGUGCUGACAUGUGUGCACCCAAACGAUCCUCCAGAUGAGGAGAGCAUUGAGUCACUGGCCAAGUUGCUAACUACGAUGGGGAAAGACUUGGACAAGCAUGGUGCGCAAGGCGGUAUGCCGUCGUACUUCCGUUAUUUGGAAAGCAAGUUGGUGAAGGACAAGCGCUUAUCGUCUCGUAUCACCUUUAUGAUCAAGGACGUCAUUGAAUUACGCCAGCACAAAUGGGAACCGCGGCGUAAGGAGCUGAAGCAAAAGACUUUGACGGAAAUCCGAAAGGAGGCAGAACGAGAAGCUCGUGCACCCCCGAGCAGUGCGCCAAGCGGAGGUGGCCGUGGUCGAGGAGAUCGCGAUCAGUUUCGUUCGGACCGUCGAGCAAACGCGCCUCGCGAAGGAUAUAACAACAGCCGUUCUACAAUGGCGCCUGUGUAUCAACAUUCUCAGUCAAUGAACAGCCGUGGCAGCAACAACCAGCAAAUGACGUUUAUACGCGGCAUUGGAGCUCGUGAUGAUUCCGUUCAGACGGGGCCAUCCGGAAGGCCCGCUCAUUUUGGCAUGAGCGCUCGACAGGGUGGACGUGGCAACAAUGCGUCUCCUGCAAGCUUCUCUGGUAGUCGUCGUGGACCAGCUGCAGCUGUUGUAAAGAAACCGCAGUCACCAACUCACACAAAGGUGAUCGCCCCGCUUGACGAUGAAAUCCGAGGGAGCAUUGGCAAGAAGGCCAAGUCGAUCGCGGAGGAGUAUGCCUUGAUCUCUGACUUAAAAGAGGCUGACCUGUGUCUUGUAGAGAUUCAGAAGAAACACACGAACCACGAAGAUGUGAACCGUGUGUUCGCUUUCGAGAUUUUAAAGGGGGCUAUUGACGCCAAGGCAGAACUGCGUGCGAAAAUGGUUGAUCUGCUGGAAAAGCUGAGCCUGGAAACAAAGAGCCUCACUUUUGUUGGUAUCCGCUACGCCAUUGAGAGAAUGGUUGCGAUAUGCGGCGAUCUUUGGUGUGAUGUACCGAAGCUGCACGAACAAAUGGCUGACUUUGUGAUACGAUUUAUGAAGAAUUCGUCGCUCACCAGCGUUUCAUUGGACUGGGUUCUGGGCAAAUGUCUUCAGUCAGUGGAUAAAGCUGCAAUGGAAGAACUGAUCGAUGGAGGCUUUUUGGCUGCUCUACUGGGGGAGAUAUUGAAACUGUUGAAGAGCACUGAUGUUGGAAAGGCGACGAAGGAGAUUCGUGCGACGAAUGUUACUGUUCUGAGUGUAUUUCCAUCCCACAAGCAGUCCGCGAACGAUAUGCAGGAGUGGAUCAGCAAGUACGAUCUCGAGGCCGUAUUUUCGCUGGAGCCUGCUUUCGGUCUUGUGAGCCACGUGAAGAACGCCUCUUCAUACGACGAGGUUGUUUCCUUCAUUGAAAAUAACAUUCCUGACACCCUUCUCAACGAUCCGUUUUUCGCGACGUACACGUGCCUGUUUAUUCUGAACCUGUCAAAGGAGGAUGAGCAGCUGUCGGCUGAGAGAUGCAUGCUCCUCACGGGCUUCUGCGGCAGCCCUGACACCCAAGCUCGACUCGUGUCGGCCAUUUUCCAGACGCGAAGUGACAACGACGUCGUUAAGAAGCUGCUCAAACACUUGGUGAAGGAAGGCGCAGUGGUCCCUCUUGCCUUCAGCAAGUGGCUUGAGAUGCCGAACGACAAUAGUGUGAGUAGGAAGCGCGUGCAGGAGGAGCUGGGCCAAUUUGUAGAGGAACUGGCUCGGACCAAGUGA